UUGGCUCUGCCUAUAUAUUAAUCCCUCCCACGUCUUAGUCUCCCCUGAUUUUCUCAGAAAACCCGCGACAAUUUUCUCCUUUCUCAGAGCUUCGUAACCCUAAUUUGUUCUCAAUUUAGCGCUUUCGCUUAUCUCCUCCAAAUCGAUGGCUGCUACUAAACCACUUACGACUGAGGCAAUUGCUCUCACAGAAAAGAAAAUGGAUAUGACAUUAGAUGACAUUAUCAAGAUGUCGAAAACCAACAAGAAGCAGCAGCAGCAGCGUAGGGUUUCGAAUAAAAGUCAGAGCUUUCUGAAAACUGCUGGCCAUGAAAAAUCCUCAAAGAUGAGGCGGUAUAUGGAUUCAAGAUCUUCAGUUAGACAGGGUGCUCUAGCUCAGAGAAGGUCGAAUUACCAGGGAAACCAAUUUGAGUUGGCAACUGAGGUUGCACGAAAGGCUGCAAGUGCUCCAUACCGCAAUAAAACUUUUUCAUACAACCAGGUGGCCAAUUGGAAAGCAAGGGCUGGUGCUCCACCUAUUCAAAGAAGGUUCGGAAAUGGAAGGUUUGCUUCUAAGCCUCCACAACAGCAGCAGAUGCCACCAUCUCAGCAUCAGCAUCAGCAUCGGCAUCAGCAGUGGAAUACUACUGUGAUGCAUAAGCGGAGGCCUCAAACACUGGAUUUAUUGUUCGCAAACACGAAAGAGGAGAGGAUGAGGUUUCUUCGACAGAAGAACAAUGGCGUACAACAACACAACAGGGGCGGUCGGCAAAGGCCUUUCCGGGGAAGAGGUCGUUUUGGCAACUAAGCUGUUAAACCAAUGCCAACAUCUUCAUGUUUGUUAUUAGAAGUAGAAUUUCUUAUUGGGCAUCUUGGUGUUCCCUUGAUAAUGCCUACUUUCAUUUAGGGCAGCUGAAUACCUUUCUGGUUUUUAUGGUUUUUCUUUCUUUCUCGGUUGUGGCUACUUGUGAUUCUUCUAUCUUUUCCCUCGUUAGUUAAUGUGAUGUAAAUAGAUUUUUCUAGUUCAAUCCCAUAAGUGCUUAUUAUGUUCA